CUCCCCUCGAGAUGGAAGGAAAAUGGUAGUUCCCGGAAAUGACCUCACGAUCUCCAGGCACGGCUUCCGCUCCUCCCGGAAGUGACGUCGAAAGCCGGCUGAGCGCUGUGGAGGGCCGCCGCCACCAUGGGCCGCGAGUUUGGGAACCUGACGCGGAUGCGGCACGUGAUCUCCUACAGCUUGUCGCCCUUUGAGCAGCGUGCCUUCCCGAACUAUUUCAGCAAAGGCAUCCCCAACGUGAUGCGCCGCACUCGCGAGCGCAUCCUGCGCGUGGCGCCGCCAUUUGUAGUGUUCUACCUGAUCUACACAUGGGGAAACCAGGAGUUUGAGAAGUCCAAAAGGAAGAAUCCAGCCAUGUAUGAAAAUGACAAGUAAGCGGUCUGCACCUCGAUGGAUGACAGUCCCCUGACUUUGAAAGACCCUUUCCGGGAGAGGAAUCCACACUGUAGUUUUGAAGACAAUAAACUACUUAUGGACUUCCCUUUG